ACUCACCCCAGUCGCAAAAUACGAGCGAGCACGACUAUUGACGAUCCCGGAUAACAAAAAAAAACAUUUUAAUACAUCACGCUUACUGACGUACAAACCAACGUUUUGCACCAGUGUACUUAUAUGUGGUUAAUAUUAGCUUAAAGCAUGCCCGUCCGUUUAUAUGGAACUUAUUUAACACAAAUGCCAAGACCUCAAUAUGGCGAUUUCAUUUGAUGUCUCAUCCUGACCAGUCAAGAUGGAAAACAGCAACAACACGGCCGUGGAGGCCUAUCAAUAUGUGGGACCCUUCAGAUUGGAGAAAACACUCGGAAAGGGACAAACAGGUCUCGUGAAGCUGGGGGUGCACUGCGUGACAGGCAAGAAGGUCGCCAUUAAAAUUAUCAAUAGAGAGAAACUUAGCGAAUCCGUGUUAAUGAAGGUCGAACGAGAAAUAGCCAUCAUGAAGUUGAUAGAACAUCCACACGUCCUUGGGUUGUCUGAUGUGUACGAGAACAAGAAAUACUUAUAUUUAGUAUUGGAACACGUUAGCGGAGGUGAGCUGUUUGAUUAUUUAGUGAAAAAAGGAAGGUUGACGCCCAAGGAAGCGAGGAGGUUCUUCAGGCAGAUAAUAUCGGCUCUGGAUUUCUGUCACAGCCAUUCAAUUUGUCAUCGCGACCUAAAACCGGAGAAUCUUCUUCUGGAUGAAAGAAACAACAUUAAGAUUGCUGACUUCGGCAUGGCUUCCCUGCAACCUGCUGGAUCGCUGUUGGAGACAUCGUGCGGGAGCCCACACUACGCAUGCCCAGAAGUUAUAAGGGGUGAAAAAUAUGAUGGAAGACGUGCUGAUGUCUGGUCUUGUGGUGUUAUACUUUACGCACUACUGGUUGGAGCCCUGCCUUUCGAUGAUGAUAAUUUACGACAACUUCUUGAAAAGGUUAAAAGAGGUGUUUUUCAUGUACCACACUUCGUUCCACCCGACUGUCAGCAGCUACUGCGGGGAAUGAUCGAAGUGAAUCCAGAAAAACGAAUGACUCUGGCCGAGAUAACUCGUCAUCCUUGGGUAACAGCAGGCGGUAGGGGGGAAUUGGAGCAGGAAUUACCGAUGAUGGAGGUGGUGCAAACAAGAGUACUGCCAUCAGCCGAGGCCAUAGAUCCAGAUGUAUUGCAGGCUAUAUGCAGCUUGGGCUGUUUUAAACAUAGGGAGAAACUUAUUCAAGAUUUGUUAAGUCCUCAUCAUAACACAGAGAAAGUCAUCUACUUCCUGUUAUUAGAACGUAAGCGUCGUCGUCCAGCCAGGGAUGACGAGCCCAGGCCACCAGCGCCUGGAACUCCAAGUGAUCCACCCCGGAAAAGGCUAGAUACUUGCCGGGUAAACGGACAAUCAGCUCAUUUUGGACAAAUAAGUGAGGGUUCUCCCAUAACCCCAAGAAGGUCCCAGUUCAGGUCUGCUUCCAGAAGAAGCGAAGGUCGUUCAUCACCACAGCUAUCGGCCAGCCCACCUGGUCACACCCCUCACCGAGUGUCAUCUCUUAGUGGUACCCCCGCAACGCCCGGUUCACCUUUAGCAACUCCAUCGGUCAGGGAACACCAUCACCAGAGAGCCAACUCGACAGGACCAACCAUCAGUCUGAAUAUAAGCGGGGAGCCCGGGGAAGCGGUUAUAAUAAUCAACGAGCCGGUCAUGUCGUCAGUCGCUGUACGUCCUCACAGUCCGUCGCAUAGAGUCCGUGAGAGAUCAUCGCUUCCCGGGCCUGCGACCACCCAGGCUUCUGUGCAGACGACGCUGUUCCCUAACAUUGGAACUAUGGCCGCGCCCUGUGCCCCGGGUUCCUCGGCCGGGGGUCCGGCCGCUCCAUGGCGGGCUCGUCUCGCGACCAUCAAAAACUCAUUCCUGGGCUCUCCGAGAUUCCACAGACGGAAAAUGCAAGCUUCCUCCGAGGAGGUCCAUCUCACCCCGGAUUCAUCUCCGGAGCUGACGAAGCGUUCUUGGUUCGGUUCCCUGUUGCUGUCAGCUGAUAAGGAAGAGACCUUCACAGCGUUGGUCAAGGGGAAACCUCUGGCCACGGUCAAGGCGGAUCUGAUACACGCCUUCUUAAGUAUAGCAGAACUGUCUCACAGCGUGUUAAGUCCGAUGUCAUUCCGUGUAGAGUACAAGCGAGGCUCCAACGCUCCGGCUAUGUUCCAAAGACACGUCCGCUUUCAGGUCGACAUAUCAACUAUAACGAAAGCGCCCGGGGAUUACGGAAAAGAAUAUUUGUAUGCCAUUACGUUCACACUGCUGUCCGGUAACAUUCGUCGUUUCCGUCGCGUCUGCGAGGUCGUGCAGUCCGCGGUGUGCCGCGCGCCGGGCGCGUCCCGGGCGCCUCACACCCACCCGCCCUCUCCGCGAGCGCACCGCAGGAACAUAGCACCACAUGCGUCUUCCGAGAUCCCGGAUAGCCCGGAGACACCUCAUCAUCAGUCGGACCACGACAGUGACUCUUUGGUGUUCGACGCGGUGAAGAGCCCCACGAGUCACACUUCCAUCGAUCAGUUAGACCAGAACGGCACGCAUCCCCUGGGGUCGAGCUCAUCCGUGACGAGCGGGUCCAGCGGCUACAAACAAGGCGUGCGGAGGCGGACAGCAGACCCAGCCUCCGCCUCCCUCGACCACGAGAUCAUGAGCUGCGGACGAGACCUGCCCGGAACGCACACUAAGCGCUCGUCUUCCGAAUGUCGCGAGGCUUCGUCCUCCCGGCGCCGGGGCCUGGAGUCCCGGGACAGCUCCAUCAAGGACGAGCUCCGCAGAAACAAUUCCUUGAGGGACAACCGGCGGGACUUCGCCCCCGACGUCCCCCGGGACCCCGCGGCCUCCAUGGCGUGAGCCUCGCUCCGAGCAUCGCCCCCGUUCUCCUCGCCUGUUUACAGAACGCUUCCAUCGAUAUAUUUUGAACACGUUUGUUUUCCUACCCUCCUGUAUAUACCUGUAUGUCCUGGAUGUCCUGGAUGUCCCGCUCCUCCGUAUCCCGACUCGGCGAUGCCGAUGGGGCCGUUUUUUUUAUAUUUUUUAAGCUGUUUGAGGGAAAAAAAAAAACAA